UGGCCCAGGCCCGGGUCGAGGAGUCGGGAGCCUGCGACUCCGCGUCUCUGAUGACUCUGACGACAGAGCCCUGACAUCACUAGCCUGGGUGUGCUGUGGCUAGAGCCUUGGUCAGCCGCCUCCAAAUUGGUUGUGAAAUGUGCACACAGGAGGGUUUUCAGGCCCAGAGGAGCCAGCUGGUGGGGCUGCUGGUCUCGGGGUCCCUGGAGGGCUUCGAGGGCGUCCUGGACUGGCUGCUGUCCUGGGAAGUCCUUUCCUGGGAGGAUUAUGAGAGCCUCAGCCUCCUGGGCCAGCCCCUCUCCCACCUGGCCAGGCGCCUCUUGGACACGGUGUGGAACAAGGGAGCUUGGGGCUGUGAACAGCUCAUGGCGGCUGUUCAGGAGGCCCAGGCCGACAGCCAGCCCCUCGAGCUUUGUGGACUCUGGGACCCACACUCACCCUGCCCAGCCCGCGAGCUGCAGAGUCACCGGCCAGCCAUUGUCAGAAGACUCUACAGCCACGUGGAGGGCGUGCUGGACCUCACACAGGAGCGGGGCUUCAUCAGCCAGUACGAAUGUGAUGGAAUCAGGCUGCCCAUCUUCACGUCAUCGCAGCGGGCAAGACGGCUGCUGGAUCUUGCCACAGUGAAGGCCAAUGGAUUAGCUGCCUUUCUUCUACAACACGUUCAGGAAUUACCAGUCCCGUCGGCCCUGCCUUUCAAAGAUGCUGCAUGUAAGAAGUACAUGUCCAAGCUGAAGGCCACGGUAUCUGCUCAGUCCCGCUUCCUGAGUACCUAUGAUGGGUCAGAGAACCUUUGCCUAGAAGACAUAUACACGGAGAAUGUCCUGGAGGUGCGGACCAAUAUCAGCAUGGCUGGACCUUCUCAGCAGAGCCCGGCCACCCUGGGCCUCGAGGAGCUCUUCAGCCCCCGCGGCUGUCUCAAUGAAGACGCAGACACUGUGCUGAUGGUGGGCGAGGCGGGCAGCGGCAAGAGCACACUCCUGCAGCAGCUGCACUUCCUGUGGGCUGCCGGCCGGGACUUCCAGGAGUUUCUCUUCGUCUUCCCGUUCAGCUGCCGGCAGCUGCAGUGUGUGGCAAAACCACUGUCCGUACGGACGCUGCUCUUUGAGCACUGCUGCUGGCCCGACGUUGGCCAACAGGACAUCUUCCAGUUCCUCCUUGAUCACCCUGACCGCGUGCUGCUGACCUUCGAUGGCUUUGACGAGUUCAGGUUCAGGUUCACUGAUGGGGAGCGCCACUGCUCUCCAACCGACCCCACGUCUGUGCAGAAUCUGCUUUUCAACCUUCUGCAGGGCAACCUGCUAAAGAAUGCCCGCAAGGUGCUGACGAGCCGCCCGGAUGCAGUGACGGCGCUCCUCAGGAAAUAUGUCUGCAGGGAGCUCAACCUCAAGGGCUUCUCGGAGGAGGGCAUCGAGCUGUAUAUGCGGAAACACCAUCGGGAGCCUGGGGUGGCCGACCGCCUCGUCUGCCUGCUCAAAGCGACCUCAGCCCUGCAUGGUCUGUGCCACCUUCCUGUCUUUUCAUGGAUUGUGUCCAAAUGCCACCAGGAGCUGUUACUGCAGGGUGGGGGCUCCUUCAAGACCACCACGGACAUGUACCUGCUGAUCCUGCAGCACUUUCUGCUGCAUGCCGCCCCACCGGACACAGAUCGCCGUGGCCUGGGACCCAGCCUCCUUCGAGGCAGGCUCCCCACGCUCCUGCAUCUUGGCCACCUGGCUCUCUGGGGCCUGGGCACCUGCUGCUAUGUGUUCUCAGCCAAGCAGCUCCAGGCAGCACAGGUGGACACCGACGACAUUUCUCUGGGCUUCCUGGUGCGUGCCAAAAGCGUCGUGCUGGGGAGCUCGGCACCCCUGGAGUUCUUGCACAUCACUUUUCAGUGCUUUUUUGCCGCGUUUUACCUUGUAUUAAGUUCUGACCUGCCACCCACCACGCUCAGACACCUCUUCAGUUGCUGCAGGUCAGGCAGCUCCCCGCUGGCCAGGCUGCUGCCUGCACUGUGCGUCCAGCACUCUGAGCGCAAGGAGGACAGCGUGGCGGCUUGGCUGCAGAAGGCCGAGCCGCACAACCUCCAGAUCACGGCAGCCUUUCUAGCAGGGCUGUUGUCCCGGGAGCACCGGGGCCUGCUGACCGAGUGCCAGGUGUCCAAGAAGGCCCUGCUCCGGCGCCACGCCUGUGCCCGGUGGUGUCUGGCCCGCAGCCUCCGCAAGCACUUCCAUUCCAUCCCGCCUGCCGUGCGGGGUGAGGCCAAGAGCAUGCACGCCCUGCCCGGCUUCCUCUGGCUCAUCCGGAGCCUGUACGAGAUGCAGGAGGAGCAGCUGGCCCAGGAGGCCGUGCGUGGGCUGGAAGUUGAGCACCUGAAGCUGACAUUUUGCGGCGUAGGCCCCGCUGAGUGUGCCGCCCUGGCCUUUGCACUACAGCACCUCCGGCGGCCUGUGGCCCUGCAGCUGGACCACAACUCCGUGGGUGACAUCGGCGUGGAGCAGCUGCUGCCUUGCCUGAGUGUCUGCAAAGCUCUCUACUUGCGAGACAACAAUAUCUCAGACCGAGGCAUCUGCAAGCUCAUCGAACAUGGUCUUCACUGCGAGCAGCUGCAGAAAUUAGCCCUGUUCAACAAUAAACUGACUGACGGCUGUGCCCGCUCCGUGGCCGAGCUCCUUGCGUGCAAACAGAACUUCUUGGCACUGAGGCUGGGGAAUAACCGCAUCACUGCUGCAGGGGCUGAGGUGCUGGCCCAGGGGCUCCGAGACAAUGUCUCCCUCCAGUUUCUUGGGUUCUGGGGCAACAGGGUGGGUGACAAGGGUGCCCAGGCCUUGGCUGAAGCCUUGAGUAACCACCGGAGCUUGAAGUGGCUCAGCCUGGUGGGGAACGACAUUGGCAGUCUGGGUGCCCAAGCCUUAGCGCUGAUGUUGGAAAGGAACGUGGUACUGGAAGAGCUCUGCCUGGAGGAGAACCAUCUCCACGAUGAAGGUGUGUGUUUUCUCGCUGAAGGACUUAAGAGAAAUUCAAGUUUGAAAGUCCUGAAGCUGUCCAACAACUGCAUCUCCUGUGUUGGAGCAGAAGCCCUCCUGCAGGCCCUUGAGAGGAAUGACACCAUCCUAGAAGUCUGGCUCCGAGGGAACACUUUCUCUCCAGAGGAAAUCGAGACCCUCAGCCACAAGGACACCAGACUCUUGCUUUGAUGUCUCCGGGCCGAUGCUUAUCUCAGUUUGUUUGGACCCAGAAGCUGGAUUACAUAUGGUGGCGGCAGCCCAUUCAGACUGAGCUCUGCCCUGCUCAGGGCUGAUGUCGUUUUCUGGAAAUGUAAUUGGUCACUUUUCUUCUGAUGGAGGAAGGAGCAUCAAUGCUUUCCAGAAUAGACUUCUCCCAAGCCUACUUUUGCCAUAAGGAGCCCUGGUGGUGCAAUGGUUAAGCGCUUGGCUGUUAACUGAAAAAUUGGUGGUUCAAAUCCACCCAGUGGCUCCAUGGAAGUCCUGGUGAUCUGCUUCAAAGAUUAUAGCCGAGAAAACCCUAUGGAGCAGUUGUCCUCUGUCACAUAAGGUCACUAGGAGCCAAAAGUAACUCAGUGGCACCUGACAACAUGUUUGCCAUCAAGCUCUUCCCAAGAGUUGAUCCACGGAUGCAGAAGAGGGGCAGCCCCCUUCACAGCACGGAGCCAAAUCUCCAGCUGAUCCUGCAGGGGUCAGUGGGGCUCAUGAGUGUUAACUGAGUACCCGCUGUAUAGAGACCUGGACCUGCAUGAAAGCCCCCCUUCUCUACUCCUCCCACAGUGAGGAGAGGGUGUUCUGGAAGCAGCCGUCUGCCCUGGUGAGACUCAUGGUUCUUUCCUCAUAUCUGGCUCCUCCGACUCAUCCUGGAUCCCCGCACAUGGAAUACCCUCUGUGGUUGCAGAUUCAGAACAUUGGUGUGUUAAGCUUUGAUAUUUUGCUUAGAGCACCCCCAGCACCCCACUCCCCUCCCAGCGGGAGCAGAGCUGCAGUUUACCCUGCUCUCCUUUCUGGUGCGUAAGGCAUUGUUGGAAGAGAAUACAGCACAGUCCAGCUUCUUCCCCACGACCUUCUAGAUUUGCAAGAAAAAUAGGACCACACUACAGCUGGGGUCACAUGUGGACUUUUAUUUCCAGUGAAAUCAGUCACUAUUCAGUUAAACCUUUGGAAGCAGCCCCUCCAUCCAAGUGCAGCUUUUAAAAAUGAAUCUGGGCCAGAAUUUUGAAUGGUCCCACUAGGGCUCUGGUUGAUACCUGUGAACUGAACUCUGAAGACAGACUUCUGAAAUAUAUUCAUAAGAGGUGGCUCGGUUUUUCAUUUGUUCCAGAAUGCUUUAGGACAUAAAGUCAUGGAUUGAAAGUUUACAGGGGCACAAUCAGGCCCCGCCAUAUAAGCACACGUCUUUCUUGAUUUUUCAAAAUGAUGCACGUGGAAACCUUUGUAAACUGCCAGGUGCUAUACACGUGUCAUUAUUUAAACAUUAUUAUUUGUGAAAACUGGUUAAUAUUUAUAAACCAGUUUGUUUAUUCUCCAAAGUUUAUGUUUUUUAAUGUAAUUUUAUUUAUUUUGUUGUUGUUGAGAAUAUACACAGCAAAACAUACACCGAUUCAACAGUUUCUGCAUGUACCAUUUAGUGACAUUGUUUACGUUCCGAGUUGUGUAACCAUUCUCACGCUCCUUUUCUGAGUUGUUCCUCCCCAAUUCCCAUCAGUUCAGUGCCGCUUUAGGUUCCUAUUAAUCUUUUGAGUUUCAAUUGUCAAUUUGAUCCCUUAUAGAUAAUUCUUAAAAGAGCAUACUGCUCAAGGCAGACUUUUUUUUUUACUAGUUAAGCGAAACUAUUGUUUGGUU